UUGCCCUUUUACAGUAUAAAAAGAGAAUCCUAUGAGUGUCGCGGCAUAACAUACUGGUGAACGAAAACAACGAAUAUUAUACUGCCUAAAGUACAAUUUCUGACUCAGGGAUCCUAGUUUUUGUCUCACCAUGGAUUUCAAUUCAACGUUAGAAGAAGAAGCAAAUUCCACCACUAUUCCAAUUACUACCAUUGAUGGAACCACGACGUUCUUUAUCGUGCUCAAUUUUAUCGUGGGUAUCAUCGGCUUGGCGGGAAACACGGCCGUCUGCACGACCGUGCUCAGGUCGAAAUUCCUCCACGACAUCACCCACUAUCUCAUCGCAAGCCUGGCCAUGUCAGAUUUCCUCUGCUGUUUUUUCUUCCUCAUAACGACCAUGUUCGUAGCGGAAGGCCACCCCUUCCCGGUCAACAUCAGCAGCGGCUUUUGGGGUGAGGUUUACUGCCGUUUUUUUUGGAAUCUCCACCUCUUCUGGUCUGCUUUUUUUGCUUCAGUGUUCAACCUGGUUGUUGUGACAUUCGACCGAUACUUGGCCAUCGUGCAUCCGUUUUUCUACGCGAGGGUCUUCACGGUUCGUCGGGGGCUGAUGCUCGCUGCGUCGGCGUGGGUGUUCGCCUUCAUUCUGGAACUAGAGUUUCCAAUACGAUCUCACUACUCUGAUGAGGCGAACGAUUGUGAUUUCCUUGGCCUCGGACCUGCCUGGUUUGCGAAGAUGCUCUUCAUCAAAUCCUUCACAGUCAGCUUCAUCUUGCCGCUGAUCUUCCUGAUAUGGGCGUACUACAAAAUCAUCAGAACAUUGCGCAAAGGGGAACUUUACCAGAAAACACAUCGCACCAGUCAACGCAUUAGGCAGGGCAACGGGCAGAGCAACGGGGAGUUCACUGAUGAGCAAGGCAACUGGCAGAACACCGAGCAGGGCAACGAGCAGAAGACCGAGCAGGGCAACGGGCAGAACACCGAGCAGGGCAACGGGCAGAACACCGAGCAGGGCAACGGGCAGAACACUGAGCAGGCCAACGAGCAUGCUAACGAGCAGCGGGGGAUGGAGGUGUACAAGGCAACCCGUCGUGUCGUCCAGAGCCUCAUCAUUAUCUCCGCCCUGUUCGUCGUCCUGCUGCUCCCGUCAGAGAUGGGGAAUGUCUUACUCCUCUACGACAUCUCUAUUGACUUCACUGGCUCUCACAUCGGUAACAUCUUCAGGAUCACCACUGUCUGCAACUCGGUGGUGAAUCCCAUGAUUUACGCCAUCAAGUACAAGAGAUUCAGAAGGGCUAUGAAAGCUACGAUGUGUCCGUGUAUGAAGACCACUGUGGAGAGAGAAGAUACCACAUUCACCGUCGACAUGGAUGAGCAAGCCUAAAUAACGCCAUACUUGCAAAAGGUCGUGGGUUCAAAUCCCACCCUAGUGAAGGCCUGGUCACACAGGCCUCGAUAAAAAUCAUCUUGUAA